AUGAAUGAAUUUCGAAGUUGGAUUUCUGAUAAUGGGCUAGUGGAAGCAGAUUCAAUUGGCGAAAAAUACACUUGGUGUAAUUGUCAGAGUGGUGAUCGUCGUAUUGUUUCAAGGAAUGAUAGGGCGAUUGUGAAUGAUGCUUGGAGUUACAAAUAUGAAAAUUGGAGGUGCAAAGCUUUGCCAAGGAUAUGUUCAGAUCAUUCCCUUCUUUUUGGGUUUGCUUUUGACAGUCCAAGGCUCGCAAGAGCUCCAUUUAGAAUCCAGAAGAUGUGGUUUGAUCAUCCGGGUUUUAUGCAGCUGGUAGAAGAUAACUGGAAUUUGCGCCUUGUUGGUGCGCCUCCUUUUGUUUUUGCUGGAAAGUUAAAACAUUUGAAGGAAGUCUUGAAGCUAUGGAAUAGAACUGUGUUUGCUGAUGUUCAAUUUCUUCUGAAACAGGCUGAACUUAGUCUUGAAUCUGAAAAUGAUCUUCUAGAUUUAGAUCCUUCGGAUGAAGUCCAAUUCACUAAGGUGGCAGAUGCCAAGAAUGUUGUGGAUGCAGUGCGGACUGAUUUUGCAGAUGAAAUUAAAGAUUUCAUUGUCAAUCACUAUAAGGAUAAGUUUAAUGGUGGAGCGGUUGUCAUUGAUCCAAAAUUGUUUGAGUUUGAGCAUGAAAGAAUCUCAGACCAUGAGAGUUCUUUUAUGGAUGUUGUGCCAACUCUAGACGAGAUUAAGAGAGCUGUUUUUGACUUGGGAGAGGAUUCGACGCCUAGCCCAGAUGGUUUCUCAGGGAAGAACAUUCAUGAAAAUAUAGCUCUUGCGUCUGAAUUGAUUAAUGAUAUUUCUACGUCAAGGAACUUUGGUAAUGUCGGCUUAAUACUUGACAUUUCUCAAGCUUUUGAUACUGUAAGUUGGGAGUUUAUAACUGAAUUUUUCUGUCAAUAUGGUUUUUCUGAAACCUGGUGCUCUUGGAUUCAUAGUAUUCUUAGUUCGGCUAGGAUUUCUGUGCUAAUAAAUGGCAGUCCAGAGGGUUUCUUUAGUAUCACUAGAGGGUUGCGCCAAGGUGAUCCUAUUUCACCUUUGAUUUUUGUUCUUAUUGAAGAUAUUUUGAGUCGUAAUCUCUCUAAAUUGUUUGCUAAUAGAAGUAUGCACAACAUGGUUAGUAAGAAAGGUGUGGAUCCAACACACCUUCUCUUUGCGGAUGAUAUUCUUGUUUUCUGCAGAGGUAAUCUUUAUAGUUUGCAAAAUUUGAAGACUAUGCUUAGUGUCUAUGAGAAGGCUUCAGGCCAGUGCGUAAAUUACGCGAAGAGCAAAUUUUAUUACGGCGGUGGCUCUUAUUCUCGGAGUAUUUCUAUUGAUAAUUAUUUGGGCAUGGAAAGAGCUUUAUUUCCGGAUAAAUAUCUGGGAAUUCAAUUGAAGCCUGGCAUUGUGCGGCACAUUCAUGUCAGGCAGGUGGUUGAAAAGAUUAUGGACAAGUUGGCUGGUUGGAAGGGUAAACUCUUAUCUUUUCAAGCUAGACUGGUUUUGAUUAGAUCAGUGAUUGCUAGCUAUGUUAUUCACUCUAUGGUUGUUUAUAAAUGGCCUUGCAAUAUCAUUAAACAGGUUGAGAGGGCUAUUAGGAAUUUUCUUUGGUCGGGUGAUGCGGAAAAACGUAAGUUCUUUACGGUUUUGUAUGACAACCUGUGCUGUUCAAGACGUGAAGGUGGUCUAGGCCUUAGAAGAUUGGUUGAUGUUAACAAGGCUAUGCUUAUGAAGUUAUGGAUUUCAAUUCGUGAUUCGGACAAGACUUGGGCCAGAUUCUUGAGGGCGAAGUACUUCAAAUUGAAUGGAGUUUUGAUUGAUUACAAACUUGGUUCUACGGUUUUUCCUGGAAUCAGGUGGGUUUAUGAUUUUGUGCAGCAACACACUAGGUCAAUUAUAGGUGAUUGCGCUAAUACUUCCUUAUUCUUUGAUAAUUGGCUUGGUGAUUUUUCGAUUGCGAAGAGAUUAGGUAUUACUUCCAAAGGCCCUAAUGAUUUUAAGGCUAAGGUUAGUGAUAUCAUUAUUGAUGGUGCUUGGGCUAUUCCUCAAAGCACUCGGGAUUUGAUGGUUCAGCUCAAUAUUGAUGUUGGAAACUUGCAUAUUAUUGCUAGCGGCGAUGACUAUAAGAUUUGGGAUUUAGAUAGCAAAGGAGUCUUCUCAGUUAAAUCUGCAAAGGCUGCCAUUAGAGAGAAUGCGGAAACUCUGCCAACUGCAAAUUUGUUUUCUCGGCCAGUUGUGCACCCCACUCUAAGUGUUCAACAUUGGAAGAUCUGGGAAAAGCAGUGUUGUGCUAGUGAUGAUAAUGUCAUUAAGAAGACUGGGAGAUUUGCGAAGAGAAUUUGGGCUUGGGCGGCUCGUAUUUUUAAUCUGCAUCCAAGAAAAGAUUUGGUGGCUUCAUACAAGGCUGUUAAAGGGUGCAACAUGAUGAUUAAGGAUCUGUGGUUGGUUGCUAAUCUUGCAAUCACUACGGAGUUAUGGAGGCUGCGCAACAAAGUUUAUUUUGAAGAUGUUGUUGCACAUUGGCUAGGUUUUAAAGGUAGAGUUUAUCAGUUAAUUCGUGAUAACUCAAUGCGGAUGAAGGGCCAUAUGAAUAAUACAAUGGAGGAUUUACGCAUCUUAAAUUAUUUCAAAGUGAAGCAUAGAUCGUGCAAAGUUUCUUCUCCAAUUGAGGUAAGGUGGUGUCCUCCUAACCAAGAUGAAAUCAUGAUUUGCUGUGAUGGUGCGUCCCUUGGAAAUCCAGGCCCGACUGGUGCUGGCGUUACUUUUCGUGAUGCAAACGCAGUUGUUUUGGGUGUCCUCUGCGUUGGCCUGGGAUUGCAGACAAACUUUUAUGCGGAAGUGUGCGCAGUUAUAUAUAGUGCUAUGUUGGCCAGAAGGUGGAAUUUUAGGAGUAUCUGCGUACAAUCUGAUUCGAUGAGUUGCAUUCAAGCUUUUCAAAAUGAGGGUUUACCUUGGCAAUUAAAUCAGAAGUGGAGAUUGGCGAGGAGUUUCUACUCCAAUAUUCGCUACAUUCAUAAAUAUAGGGAAGUUAAUUUUUUUGUAGAUGCUUCGGCUAAGCAAGCAUGUUUGCUAGAUGAGUACAUUUUUGAGUUUUAUAAGGGAAGGCCAAUUUCUAUGCUUUCUGUAGAAUGGCCGGAUAAGAUUUAUUUCCGUUUUAAAUAG